AUGGCUCGAACCCGUUCCAAUCCCAUCAAGAAGGGGGAGGAACUAAAGCUUGAGUUCCCUCGUCGUCGUCGUUCCCCUUCUAAAAAGUCUGCCUCCCCAAUGGAGGACCAUCCCAUCCAGUCCCUUGAGACUGAAGAGUCUAAUGGUGAGUGUUCUCACCCCGAUAUCCAGGUCGUGAUUACCCUGGCGCGGGCUAUCAUUCCUUCACCUGGUGAUGACGCUAUGGUCGUCGAUGAAGUCGGGCCUGGCCUCGAUGCCAUGCAGACUGAUGAUGCCACUGCGCCAUCACCAGUGCGUUCGGUCCAUUUUGCGUCCGAAAUGGACGUUGACUAUCCUGUGGUUUCUGCUCCCAUCUACACUCCUAUUCCCGCUCUUGCCCCUGCUCCUGCCUCUCGUGGAACUGCCUGGGUUACCUGGAUCAUCUCAUUCUUCAAUUUUUUACCGGAUGUGCCCGCCAUGGGCAAUAUGGACCUCCUUCAGGAAUUGACAAACCUCGCCACAGCAGGCUGGCUACCUAGGACCCUCACCCGCGGAACUGACGGCCCACCGGACAGCCCCCGCCGCCACCGACGACGCCAUCGCCGCCGACGCAGCUCCUCUCAACGCCGAUCAAGCUCGCCUGGAUCUUCAACCGACUCCCCACCCCGUGCGCAGGUGCUCGCCCCACAGAAUGCGACACCCAUUCGCCGGGGACCUCGUUCAUACGCGGCAAUUUCCAAUCGUCGUCGAAUAGAGGCCAUAGGCUCUAUGAAGUCAACCUUGUUCCGUGUUUCAGACCUCGUGCCUCCGGACCAAGCCAACGAGGAAAACAAGGCGAACUCCACCAAUACUGAUGAUCGCCGUACUGAUAGGGUCGCCGAUACUGAUGAUACUCGUGUGGACACGGUCCAAAUGGCCACUGAUACCACUGAAACCACCAACCCAGCCGGGGCUGUCAACCAAGCCGGGCAUACCAACCAAGCCAGCGAUACCAACCAAGGUGAUGUUGACAACCAGCCGGGUAGCUGGAGCCGAUGGAUCUUCAACAGUGUCUCGCGACGUUGGACAGCGAUUCGUGGUCGUGUUGCUCCGCAUGGUAACGAAACAAAGGAAGCCGCCAUUACUGAAACACAGAGGAGUACUGGAACCGAGACUAAAAUUGAUACGGGCUCUGAUGCACCAAGCACUACCCCCGAAACACCGGCUACUGAUACCGUGGAAGCGUCAAUGAUGCCUGUUGUCUUGACAGGACCUUCGAGUACAGGUCACCCACCUAAGCCCCCCUUUGCGCACCUUUUACGACCCCGCGCACCAUCUAAAUACCGCGUGGCAAGCAACAAAGCCCGAAAGAGAGCUGCGGAGGCCUAUGCAAAGGAGCUCGCCGCCAAGGAGGCUGCCCGGGAUGCCGCCGCCAAAGAGGCCGCUGCCAAAAAGGCGGCUGCGAAAAAGGCGGCUGCUGAAAAGGCGGCUGCUGAAAAGGCCGAUUCUCCCCAAAACCAAGAGGACCGUGAUAAGAGAACCCUCGAAAAACUUGGCUCUGAAUUACGGAGUGGAAAGCAGAUCCCGGAACCCAAUGCCCCGCCUCUUACUGACGAGGAGUGCCUGGAGCUCAUGCUUGCGCAAGAGCAGAAAAUACUGGAUGCCAAAAAGGAUAAAAAGCCCCCUUCCCCUCAAAGCAUACCUGGCCCAUCAGGUGGUGGGUAUGGCCUCGAUGAAUCCUUCUUUAUCGAUUGCGAUUCCGAUGAGGGUGAUUUUGCCGAGGCCCAGUAUGAGCUUGAGACAAGGAUAAGCAAGAAGAGAAAGCUCAAGGAAGAGAACAAGAGCCCCAACAAGCGCCGCAAACAUGUCAUCACAACCUCUAGGGCCCCAACGAAGCUCAACCGCCGAAUUGCCGCCGAUAAGUUCCAGCCCAAGAUUGAUCUUUCACCCAUUGGCUCUGAGGGGGACCCAGAGACUCCCAAGAAAGAUGAGCGGCCAACGGGCCCAUCUCGGCCGGUCACUGGCUCUGAGCUCAAAGGUGGACCAAAACCUCCCAAGAACGAUAAGCAGCCGAGUGGCUCGUCUCUGCCGGUGUCUGAUUCUGAGCUCCGAGGUGGACCGAAUAUCCCAGGGACGACAAACAGCCGACUGGCCCAUCUCGCCCGGUCACUAACCCCCCGUGGAACAUUCAGUGUGCCUGGAUGGUUCUCAUCACCCUCGUCUGCGGGGGCCCCUUCCUCGGCCGAAAAGGGUCCGGCUCCUGCAUCCACAAAACCCCAUGCAGACCCAUCCAGCACGCCUGGUCCCUCUAUCCUCAAAAAGCCAUCGUCUACCGCGGCAACCUCGACACCUAAUGACGACAUUUCCCCGGUCAGUCGAGCCCGCAACAAGGCCGAAGUCUUCAAACCUAAGACUCCCAGCCGCCUUCGCGAAACUACUCCGAGCGUUCGCGAGUCCCCUGUCCGCAGUGCAACUCAAAUGAAUGAAUCCUUCCCAAAUGCGGAAUGGGUCGAUACAAGCGCGCAAGACUGGUUGGUCGAAAUAUGUCCGAACGGAAAUUUCAAGAAGCUUCCAUGGCCUGAGCCGGACGAGGUUGGGGAGGAUGAAGCGGCUGCACAGAGUUGGGUCAACUUGGCAGUCAAGAAAGAUGAGACGAUUACCCAGGCGGCAAUCAACUGGUAUAGCGACGACUAUGUUAAGUUGUAA